AUGAACGCUGACAUCGUGAAUAUCAGAUACAGUCCGGACAAAAGUGCGGUACGCGCUCUCAAUGAGGACAAUAUCGUUCCACUUUUUGGGCAUUCAAAUAACGAUCCUCAUCACGGAGCCGGAGAGACCGACGCGCUAGCAAUACGCGCUCCUGGCCAUCCACCUGAUGUCUGCAAUCAGUUUGAAAAUCUGCUGCAGCAAGUUCCAGUGGAUGGCGAUACGAAAACAGGAUCCACGCCCGAAAAAGAAAUUCCAUUUCAAGAAAUCGGCUGUCUUGUCGUUGAUAACUACCAUAAACUCAGUUUGCGCCAGCGAGACUUUUUGAACAGUGAAGGUGUCUUUCAGGUCCCAAGUCUAACCAUCAUGGGAAUUUUGCUCGACCAGUACUUUAUUCACGUCGAUCCGUACCUACCCCUUAUUGGUGAAAACGACUUCUGGCACCGGCAUACCCGUACAUCUGGUGAAGAUACUCGAAUUUCUUCUGAUUCGAUAUCACUGUUUGUUUUCAACUCUAUGAUGGUGGCGUGUAGUGCGUACCUCACCCAUGAGACGCUUCAAAAAGCCGGGUGGCCGAGUAGUCGGGCUGCCCGUAAGGUCUUCUACGAUCGUGCAAAAUCCCUGUUCGACUUCGGUUUGGUAAAAGAUUCACUGUCAAUUUCGCAGGGCUCGGUUCUCCUCGCUGAGCAAUGCCUAUCAUCAGACAAUCAUGCUGGUUGCGCCUGGCUAGAUGUUGCCAUCCACCAUGCGCGCCUCCUUGGAGCACACAACUGCCACAACUUCAUUAUCGGACUCGGUCAGGAUAAAAAAGAAGCACGAAUGAAACGGCAACUUUGGCGGUGUAUUAUCAUUCGUGACAUGCUCAUUUCUAUGGGUUUGCGUGUGCCCGCCAAGGUCAUUCGCGCUCAUUUUGACUUGAAUGACAUUUUAUCAACAGUUGAUGAGGACUUCAACAAUAACCCUUACCUUUUCCAGGCAUUCCAUAUGUUAAGCAGAAGCACUUUAGCUCAACUCUUCGGUAUCCAGCUUCGCCUCGCAUUAAUCGCUAUAGAUGUCUCCACUCUCGUCUAUAGUCCGUCUCCUGAUUUUACGGCAUGGUGGUUUUCCUUCGUCGAUUUCAGAAAGGUAACACAUGAAAUUAGAAGGGUAGAAGCAGAGUUGGACCAGUGGGCCACAGCUUCCAUCGCUUCUGUCUUUACAGCUCUAUCAGACACUUUACCAUUUUCGUCCGCCGUGAAAUCAUAUGGGCAGCUCAUUUUAAUUCAUUAUCAUAUUAUCCGACUUGCCUUGUCCCAGCAUGAGAUGCUUAUUUUGGAAACUUGCAAGCGUUACUAUGACAACAAUCAUUAUCUUUUCCGGCUUUUCGAAAACAACGAUACGCUAAAGCGCUCUAUAAAUGUUAUCUGCGAAGGAGCUAAGUACCUUGCGACUAUGCCUGUUGGUAUGGUGCACCUCCCAAUCGGAAUGCUAUCGUUUAGUGCCUUGCCUCUCAUUUUAAAUUCUCUCCAAAGGCACCUGCUUGAGACGGAUUCCCAACGCCUGGCAAGGGAAGAAAACAUACAAUAUGUCGAAAGGGCAAUAAAGAUCCUUGAGCGCCAAUAUGACAUUACAGACGACAUUCUUGCAUAUGUUUACAAGAUAAGCUCGUUUCUUUCUGAUAAACACCAGCUUGGUCUCUUCCGUAUGCGGCACGGGCCUCACGAGCAUGACCUGCAAGCAACGUUUUCAGCAACAUGUCCGGGUAAAGAUUGGGUUACGGCCUGGUGCGAAAGAUUCCUAGUCGACCCCCAUGUCUAUUUACGCCUGUCCAAACUUCUUGACUGGACACUGUCACACGGACAGUUUCCACAGGAGAAUGAAAUAUGUAUGCUUUAUGUGCGAUUGGGAAUCGGUAUAGAGCUAUACGCGUUGGAUUCCUCAAUUGAGGUAUCGACUGAGAUGGCAUUUCCCGCAGUACCAUAUACUGAUCAUCUCGUUCGUUAUGGGCACAAAAUGUCGGGAAAUCCCUCCGUUCGGGAAGGGCAUGACAAGGAACACUCAGGCCAAAAAAUAUCCAGUGCUGUCAAUGUUGAUAGGGAGAUCAGUUGUGUGGAUCUUUCCCAAGAUGAUGAGAUGAUAGAAAUUAUAUGGAACACACUGGGGUUGCCGGGGUCGUUCUCCACCUUCGUGAACGGUUGA